AUAUUCGCCCUCUUUAUUCUCUCCUUGAAGCGAUUUGAGGCUCUAAUUCUUUCUCCUCUUCUUCUUCUUCUAUCUCAAAUCUUCAACCGACAAGUUCUCCACCAUGUUAUUCGUGCACAAGGAUGCCUCCGCCCACCGGUUCCCUUUCUUCGCCUCGUCUCCGCCGAAAUCGCCGCCGGCUUCCUUAGCGCGUUCCUUCGAAGACGCCCUCGCCGCCCGCCUGGCCGAUCUGCACCUAGACACCGCCUCACUCUCCUGGCUCACCCGCGCCGUCCGCGUCCUCGCUCUCACCCUCGAUGAUGCGGCCGCCCUCCUGGCUGACGCCCCCGUUUCCUCUUCCGAUCGUGACGCCCUCGCUGGCCACCUCGACUCGGGCGUUGCCCUCCUUGACGCCUGCAACGCCGCCUCUGCCGAGAUCGACCGCCUCCUCCGUCGGCGCCUCCAUCUCCGCUUCGCCCUCCACAUCCUCGCCUCCUCCGAUGGAGGCCGCGACGCUGAGAGGCUGCGUAAGGCGCGGGACUCCCUGGAGGAGUGGACCGUCGGCCCCCGUCGCGCCAUCAAGCCAUCCGCCGUCGACCUAGUGAAAUCCCUGACCCCGGCUAACCCUCCGAAAGGCAAGUUAUCAGUUGCCCGGAGAGCGAUCUACGCCGUCGAGGCGGUUUCCUCCCUGGUCGUCGGCGCCCUCGUGGCCGCCCUCGGCGGCAGCGAGCAUCUUGCCGCCGUUCGCGUCCCUUCCGACCUGCCCUGGGCGAAGGAGUACCACGAUCUCGCCGCGGCGAUAUCGCACAAGCUCGUCGGCGACUGGUUCGCCGCGGAGCUGGAUGCGGCCCAAGCGGCCGUCAAAAAAUUGACGGACGUGAUCUCAACAAACGGCGAAGACAUGACGGAGACGUUACGGAAAUCCAUGGAAGACACCAAGAAAGCGACGGGUGCUUUGACGGAGGGUCUGGACGAGUUAUCUCACGCCGUUAGCGGGCUUUUUCACUCGGCGUUGGGUUUGAGGAACGCGGCGUUGCUAGGAUUCCGCGUUGGCUCCUGCAAAUAGUCAUUUGUCUAAGGACGAAUAUGCGACGUCAAAAUAUCAAAGUUCAUAAUUAAAAAAUUAGUUUAAUCUUAAUUACGGAAAUUUGUAUGGUUUUUUUUUCCUUGUUUAUGUAGUUGUAACAGAUGGGCAAAAAUAUUUGUAUAUAAGUUCACAUGUCUGGAGCUCCAAAGAGAAAUUAUUAUGCAAAUAUAUUGCCUGUUAAUCCUA